UUGCCUGAAAGAUAUAUGAAAGCAAAACUCACUCUGACAGCGUACCUGACAUGCUGGCUGUUGCUGACACUCUGCAAGAAAGCCUAUGAGAAAAGACUCUCUGCUUCUAAAAAGGAGUGCCAAGGAAGUGCUGUAAUAAAAGCUACUGGAGGAACAGAAGAGAGUACUUCUGAGAAGAGGCAGCUCCACAUCCAGACCCCAGACCCCGUUGAAAAUUACAUCAGUGAAGGAGAGUUUGAAGAUGAUCUUAGUUCUUCUACCCCGAGCACGAUAGAGCUGGAGAUUCGUGGAUCCAGCCAAGAAACAGAUGAAGAUUAUUUUGAGACCCUGUCACAUCAGAGUGGAUCUUUGUCAGAUGUGAAAACUGAGCCUUUUGAAAGUGCAUCAGACACAGAAUCUGUUUCCAGUGAUGUAACUGGGGAAACUUGCUUGGAUUCAAACUGCCUUUUAACUGAAAGAAAAAAUCUGCGCUGUAGCCUUCCUAAAGCAAAGGCAGAAAAAACUCUUCAUGCACUGAAGUGCUCAAGGCAACCAGAAUUCACCCAGCAGGUGCGGUUAGAAGUGUCCUCCAAAAUAAAAGCCGCACCGAGCAAGACUGAAUUUUGCAUACGAUCUGCAAAGUCAGAAGGUGAAGAAUUGGGUGAUGAAGAGCCAACAUUAACUAGUAGCACUUCCAACAUAGAGAGCCAAGUCAGUGAAAAGGGUAUUGUUUCACAGUCAAAUAGAAAGUCUGUAGCAGUACUGCAAAGUAAAGCAGAUUCUGAAAGCAGUAAAGUGCACUCCUGUACCAACUCAGUACCUGUAGAAGAUGAUGUUACAAGACAGAAGGAACAUCCUGCAGUAUUAAGCAUUGCUUGUUUAAAAGCAAACUCAGAAAACUGUUUGGGUUUUCCUAAGGUACAGCAAUUUUCCUUCCAGUCAGAUGCAGCAUCAAGCUGUAGUUUGCCUAAUCUUCAUUUUGAAACAGAUGGACCUAACUGUAAAAGUUACGCUGAGACAUCUGACUAUAAGUGUGAAUUAGAUUCUAUGUCCAGUAUAAGAUGCAGCAGGAGGAACUCAGUUGACAGUGAGAAAACUACAGGUAAAAGGGAAAAACAUGGAAGUACAGACAUCAUGUUGACAUCAGAUUCAUUCUUGUACCAGAGUUGCUUUGAACCAACGUCUCAGCCACCACUCACAAGGUCAGAGAUUACAGAAAGUAAAACAUGGCACAGUGUACCUGAAAAUAUCAGUGCUCAAAGCAAGACAGAAUAUGUGGAGAACUGUAUUCAUCUGACAGACAAAUUUAGAUGGUCAUGUUCCAGAAUACAUCUUCAAGGGCUGGAUUUUGAAUACACUUGGAAAAACUUAGGAAGGGUAACUGUCAACCCUGAAAAGAUAAUAAAAAUAGAGGGCAAAUAUGGCAUAGAAAGAGCUUUUCUUAAUACUGACAUAGACUCAAAUGAGUGUCAGCUUUUUCAACCAGAAGGUUCUCCCCAGUGCGUUGAUUAUUGUUUGCACUCUAAAUCAGAAACGUGUGGCCUUAGCCCAGAAGCAGUAGGUACCUGUGCUGACAGCUUGUCUUCUAUACAGAUUGAUGCUUGUGAGUGUAAUCCGGAACAAAACGAGACUUCAUCUGCCCUGGACUGCAAGCCAGUGAUCAUAAAUGCUGAAGAACUUAUAAGUGAUCAGUACAAAGCUGAAAAAGAUCUGGAAGCAGACAGAUUCCCUGAUGCAACUGAUGUUGAAUUUGACAUUGAUGACACUGAGAAUCUAACAGCUUGUCAUGUAGGUUUUCCUGCUGUUGUGGAAAACAGAGAUUGUGAUUGUUCUGUAAACUGCAACUCCACUGGUAGAAUACAGCAGAGAGGUUUGAAGGAGAAUGGCUUUGAAUCUGAACUGUCAAGUAUGGAGAUCAUGGUAGGGGAACAAUCAGUAGAUGACUCUUCUAACCUUGACUUGGGUUGGAAAGUCCCGGAAACCCCGUUGCAGCCAGGUAGUAGUAACACUGGGGCAGAGAACAAAGAGUCCAUGCAGCAAAAUACAAGUUGCAAAACUGAUGCCUUAAGGAGUGACUCUGAGCUAGUAACAAAUGAGCAUCCUGCACAGAAAGAAAAGGAUGAAGACAGCAUCUUUGCUGUUGAAACGACUUCUGGAUCAGAUUAUAUAAACCAGAGAAGGCAUUUAAUGACUCUUCCAGAGUUAAAGCCUGCCCUAAUUAUAGUAUCUGUAGAACAGAAAGGACUACAGUGCAAGACACUGAACGAUAACCUUCCUCCUGAAGUGGUAACUGAAACAUUGAGUAACAUAGUGAACAAGGAUUUGACAUCUGCUCAUACUGUCAGCAAAACUCAUGAUGAGCCAGAGAGAGUUCUGAGUGAAAGCUGUAGCUGUGAAGAGCAAAUUCUGGCCAUCCACCCCAUUCCUCGUAGUGCAAAGCUACUUCCUGGUACAGAUACAGCUGAGGAAAACCCAGAAGUUUCACAAGAGAAAAGAGAGAAAACGUAUGCAGUUUCAUCCUUAGGGUUUACUUGUAGUAAUUCCAUGGUAACGAGUGCAGAAGUGGAAUUUGGGAGUGUUGCUGUAUCACUGGACAAUGAUACACUUAUUGCAGAAAGUCAGGCAGAUGGAUGUGAAGAAGUGCUUUUAAAUUCACAUAGUGGAAGUGGUGUUAUGAUCUCUGAGAAAGAGCCCUAUAGAAUAAAGACUGGUUUUGAAUCAGAGAUAGAACAGCUCAGAAAGUCACAGGCUGAAACAGGAGAAAACCAGGUGUCUAAAGAAGAGGAAUUAAAAGCACAUCAAGGAAGAGAGGAAGGCUCAUACAUAGCUAGUGCAGUAACACUGGAAGCGUGCAGCGUAAGCAAUUUGUGUCAGGGGGAUGGUGCUAAUGUUGAUCUUCAAGGGCCCAGCGUGAGCUCUGAACAAUCAAUAGCCAGGCAAGAAAGUGAAGGCUGUAAUGGUUCAAAGGAACAAAUAGGUAUUUGUGAAGAACCUUCUUUUAGGGAAGGAAAAGAGGGCUCUGCUGCAGAAGACACAGCUAGCCCGAGCAAAGACAGUUCACUGAAUCUAGAUGUGUCUGAUGUCUUUAACUAUUCUGUGAAAAGGGAAACCCAUAACACUUGCAUGCUGGGCCUGGAUAAUAUAAGUACCUGCAGCACUAACAGCGAGGAGAUGGAUGACAAUUCAUUGCAUGUCAUGGGAAGUAACAGCAGUCUCUAUAAAGUGCAAAAGCCAACAAAGAAUGGCAAUAGUGGGAAAGCUUCCAGGUUCUUGGUAUUCUCAAAAAUGACAUCUUUCAGGAAAAGUAAGACUGCCACAGCAGAAAAUCAGGGAAGUAGCAGCUUCUUUGGCUGCAAGGCAAAGUUGGAAGAACUGGAUGCUGGGAAAGAGGACGAAGACACUGAAAGUUUACAGUCUUUCAAGAGUUGUUCAUCUGGCUCAGUCUUCCACAGGAAGGAAAGCUACACCUCUGAGUACUCUGAUGAUGAUGAUUUAUUCUAUGAGAGACCUGCAGGAUUAUUCAACAGAAUGAGCCUGAGGAAGGCUUCUGGUUCUGGUCGGAUACUGAUGGAAGAUGUAGAUACAAAUUUAACUUCUUCCACACUGACUGCUGUCAAAUAUGCAGAUCGGCAAGUUUCAAGUUCAUCUGAAAACAACGAGAGUGAACCUGUGGAAUUCUCUGGGACUAGAAAAUCAUUCCCUGAAAAUGAAUACAAAAGAAAUAAAACCCCUGAGGGUAAGAAGUUCAGGACAAGGUUAGCCUUGGCACACAAAUCCCUCUCAAGUUUAUUUGAAUCCAAAUCUCCAGAGAAAGAAAAUAGCGAGCAAAGCUCAAGAGUAUCAGUGAAAAAUGACAAGGAGAAAGCCAAACUUCGCCAGAGCGCCUGGAAAGCUUUUCUAAAAAGCAAGGAGGCAGAUGGACUAAAAAGGCCUGUCUUAGCAAGUUUAUCACCCACACAGGAGGGUCUUAAUGCAACUAGCAGCCAUGUAAUGAGAACAUCAUCAGUAGAGCGACAGGAUAGUUCCAAUGGACACGUGUUUUUUAAACCACAAACAGCUAAUGGCUCCUCAACAGACACCAACUAUUUUGACACCUCUGUUGAGCCUGUUGAUGUCUCUUCACCUGCAGGUAUAUGGAGAAAACGAAUACAGUCCCAUGACAUGGGCAUGAAGUACUCACAGAGCUCAGACUGUGAUGAACAACAGGAGGCUCUGAGCAACAGUUUAAAUACUUCCCUAGAGGAGUACUGGAUGAAAUCUCCAUUUAGCCCCACUGACUUGCCAUUGCCAUUUAAUCAGUCAAGUCCAUCAUGUCCCCAGCUCUCAAAUUCUGAUGGUAAAGACAUGCCUUGUAGGCCCAUGAGUCCUAAACCACAGAGCCCACGAUCCAUGUCUCAGCACAAGAGCUUCCGCUAUCCUGGAAGAAUAUGUGCCACUUCGAUGAUCUCUCUUGGGAACAGCUCUGCAGUUGAAAGCAGUUUGGAGGCUCCUGAGAGACCAAAGACACUGAAACCCAGAGGUAGUCUCUUACUCUCUGUACACUCAUGGGACAACGAAUACCAGAGGGAUGACAGUGGCAUAAGCAGUCAAUCCCAGAUCAGCUUAAACACGGCUUCUUCCAUUAGUGACAUGCUCCGAGAUGAGGAGUCUAAACAGCAAUGUCAAACACCACCUGAAAAGAGGCCAAAUGAGAAAUGGGUUCCCCAUCGCAAAAGGAGGCCCUCCCAGGUUCCACCAUCCCCACACCCUAUCUCCACCCUUGAGAGCAAAGCCUGGAGGCUUUCCUUCCUUGCUCCAGAUGAAAAAGCCAAGGAGAUUCCAGAGAGGAGGAAGAGACCUAAACCCCUCUAUAAGUGCUUCAGCUUCGAUGAUGUUUGGAUGGAGAGGAACCAGAAAUGGAAGCUAGAGAAGGAGACACAGCCAGAGAGAGGGAUUCAGUUGCGACAUCUCCCAGAGGACCAGUUAAAAACUGGAAUAAGUCCAUCCAUCAUGUCUGCUGUUGCUUUUGACAUCCUACCACUGAAACUGCAUCCCUUUUCCCAGAGCACUCCGACAGGCUUAGACUGUGUGGGCUGGAAGCGGCGCAUCUCCUCUCCCGUGAUCACUGAUGGGGCACUGGAUAAGACAGCUCUAACAGACGAUGUGGGAAGUGAGGAGGACCUGUAUGAGGACUUCCGGAGCUCCAACCACCGCUAUGGCCACCCUGGGGGAGGCGGAGAGCAGCUUGCCAUCAAUGAGCUCAUCAGCGAUGGCAGCGUGGUGUAUGCAGAAGCCCUCUGGGACCAUGUCACGAUGGAUGACCAAGAGCUGGGAUUCAAGGCCGGGGAUGUCAUUGAAGUAAUGGAUGCUACCAACAAGGAGUGGUGGUGGGGGAGGAUUCUGGACAGCGAAGGCUGGUUUCCAGCCAGCUUUGUACGGCUGCGAGUAAACCAGGAUGAGCCCAUGGAAGAUUAUCCCCUGAAGGUAGAGGGUGGCAAAGAGGACGACUCCAGCAGUGGCGCCCGCCGCUUUGGGAUGGGGCAGACCACCAAAGACCAGAUGAGGACCAAUGUCAUCAAUGAGAUCAUAAGCACAGAGAGAGACUACAUCAAGCAUCUGAAGGACAUUUGUGAGGGUUACAUUAAGCAGUGCCGCAAAAGAGCCGACAUGUUUACAGAAGAACAGCUGAAGACAAUCUUUGGGAAUAUCGAGGACAUUUACAGAUGCCAGAAGAAGUUUGUUAAAGCACUAGAGAAGAAAUUCAACAAAGACCACCCACACUUGAGUGAGGUUGGCUCGUGCUUCUUGGAAUAUCAAACAGAGUUUCAGAUAUACUCUGAAUACUGCAACAACCACCCGAAUGCCUGCAUGGAGCUGUCCCGCCUCACCAAAGUCAACAAGUACGUCUACUUCUUCGAAGCCUGCCGCCUGCUGCAGAAGAUGAUUGACAUCUCUCUGGAUGGGUUUCUGCUGACUCCUGUGCAGAAGAUCUGCAAAUACCCACUGCAACUGGCGGAGCUGCUCAAAUACACCAACCCCCAGCACAGGGAUUUUAAAGAUGUUGAAGCUGCCUUAAAUGCCAUGAAGAACGUUGCUCGGCUCAUCAACGAGAGAAAGCGGCGGCUGGAGAACAUUGACAAGAUUGCUCAGUGGCAGAGUUCGAUAGAGGACUGGGAGGGUGAAGACGUCCUCGUUAGAAGCUCGGAACUCAUCUAUUCUGGAGAAUUAACCAAAAUCUCCCACCCUCAAGCCAAGAGCCAACAGAGAAUGUUCUUCCUCUUCGAUCACCAGCUUGUCUGCUGCAAGAAGGACCUCCUGCGCCGGGAUAUCUUGUAUUACAAGAGUCGGAUCAACAUGGAUGACAUGGAAAUACUGGAUGUAGAAGAUGGGAAGGACAAGGACUUCAACAUCAGCGUGAAAAAUGCAUUUAAGUUGCGCUGCCGAGACACUGAGGAAGUCCACUUGUUCUGUGCAAAAAAGCCAGAGCAGAAACAGCGCUGGCUGAAGGCAUUUGAGAAUGAAAGGAGACAGGUUCAGCUCGACCAGGAGACAGGUUUUUCAAUUACAGAGGUGCAGAAAAAGCAGGCCAUGCUGAAUGCCAGCAAGCAGCACCAUACUGGGAAGCCUAAAGCUGUCACCAGGCCAUACUAUGACUUCCUGAUGCGUCAGAAGCAUCCCACCCUGCCUACUAUGGUCCCUCAGCAGCAGGUCUUCAUGCUGGCAGAGCCCGCGCAAGCCCUCGAACUUCUGGCAGAACAUCAGCAGGCUGACACCCUUCCGGAAAUGAGGGCAGCCCGUGUUUGUGCCUGAACCCCUUCAUGAGAAAGCACUUUAUCCAUCAGUCCUGGGAGGUGGAGCCCAGCUUCUUUCAAUCCUUUGUUUACAGAGGAUGGCACACGUGCUCCUGCUUUCCCUAUUUAUACCGCAGACCAACUGCCACACUGGCUCUGAGGUGAGACACUGUGUGUGUGCUUGCACACACGUGUGCAUUUGUGCCAGUCCCAUUGAGCCUGCCCUGCACAGUGCCCAAAGGGCAAACUUCCAGGAAGAGCUCACAUCUGCGUGUCAGCUGUACCUGGAGUCACUCCCUCCCGCUGUGAACACUACUGCUGCCUGGCAGCUACCAGAGGGGACGGCUGCCCAUACACCGGCUGGCUCUGUGUCUGCUGACAGUCACUGACAUGAUACAUUUUCCAUGGAGGGAUAAACCCUUCUCUCUCUGCCCACCCCACUCCUGACGUUUCUCAGAGACAUGAUCCUCCUCCUACACACGUCUAACUAAUUCAGUUAGCCUUUGGGGCACUCAGACAACAGUGAGUAUUGCACUGUGACCUUUUCCUUUCCUUUAGUUCACCACUGAUGAACUGUAUCCUAGGUUAAACUGUGCCAAUCAACCUGCAGCAUGAGUAAAGUCCAACAAUCUCUUUAGUGGGUUUGAAUUCCAUAAGUUAGAGAAAAAUGUGCCUAAUUAAUACCGUACUCAAUUCCUUAGAUUCUCGUCUCCAUUGUUUUGCCAUAUUUCCUGGCCAAUGAAAAUGCUCAUUGUUUGUAAUGUCUUUAUUUAUGGUAAAAAAAAUCAGAACUGUGUAUUUUGUAAGUCUGUAAUUGUUCUUGUCACAUGUUGUUAACUUGAUGCCUGUUUUGUCUGUUCUAUUUUUUUAAAGAAAGGUCAAUAUUUGCAAACCCAGCUCCCUGAAGUCAGAGUCUACAGUGCAACUCUGAAAGCUGACUGGUAUGCAAACUCCCACAGACCCUCAGUUCAAGGGGUAUUACUACAGGUUUUUGACACCUUUAAACAAUGAAAAGCCACUUUAAAAAGGCCAGGCCUACAUUUGGUAUUAAAAGCCUUUAAGAACCCAAACUGGCAAAAAAGAAUUAAUUUAAACCUUGGUUAGUAAAAACGGAAAGAUUUGCCUUACCAUAGCGAGAGUUAGAAGCCAUACUGACUGAAUUCCCUAGCUUACAGCCAGCCUGUGACACUGGAACAAGCAGUGUCUUCUUUCCAACACGAGGCUAGUGUGAGUGAGCACUAACUGUCUGCAGAGCUCAGAAAUCCAGUGUUUGUUGAUGCUGUAGCUGACCAAAGUCUGGUCAUCCAGGGAUACCUGAAUUCAGUAGCAUGUACAAAGUCAUUCUUGCACUAUCUCUCCCCGCCCCAGACCAGGGGCAACGUUUAAUUUCAUAAAGAAACUUGUAAAAGUGACUCUCAGCCUGUGUUUGUGUCCAUCCUGUCUAUCUGUGUGAACUUGUUUCUCUUUAAAGUCACUGCAGAGCUUCUGCUCUUGCAGUUUAAAAAGUGACCACUGCUCAGUAGGAGCCAUGCUAGAAGGUUACCCUCAAAACAGCCAUCUUUUGGAUGGAAGGCUGGGGAAGCAGAAGACAAACCACUGAUCAAGGUUAGUAAUUGUAGUUACUAGCUCCCAAAAUUCCUGCUCUUUCCUUAAAUGGAAACCAUGUCUAGGAAACAUGAGAAAAGCUGCAGAGGAUGCUCAAGCCUACUUUGAGCAAUAUGGAAUUAAAGAGGAACAGCAAGCACCCAUAAUAAGGUAUUUACUUGGAACCUGUCCCCCUCCACAGCCUUCUCCCUGCCCUUCUUCCUGGGAAAACACACAACUCCAUGCUCCUAAGCAGACCCAGAUGUGACAUCACUGGUCACUACGGUCCUACAGAGAAUGGUGACCAAACUCCAAUCUAAAUCCUCAAAAUUUCCCUCUCACUAGGAAGCACAAGGGAUGUCUGCCCAGGGAAGGUUUAUUAUUUCCUUCCUCUUUCUACACUCCCCCCCCCCCCCCCCCAUCACCCCAAGAGGAACAAAGGAAAAUGGGGCUUACCAAACUCUCCAGCAGAACAUUGCUCCGCGCUUGAGAGGACAGUGUGACAACACAUGGGAGGGCUGGGGAAAGGGGACAUACACUAAAUAAAUAAGUCAGACUUUAAAAGAAGCUACUGAGAUCAGGCUCUACUACUUACCUCUUGCCAAGUACCAAAAUUGACAGUGACCUCCCAGCCCCAUGCUAGGUUAGGAGUGCUCUGCAUGCCAUGAGCAUUAUGUGGUUACUCCUCCCCAAACAGAGGAACACUCCAAUGGGACAGCACAGCACCUGUAGGGCUGAGCUCCCUUUGCUGCACCCUCAGUGCCACCAGGCAAUUGUCACUGUUGUGUUUACCCCAGUGUCUGCACCUUCCUUUCCUUACCUUUGGCAUGUUUGUUUUGAUUGGCCAGGAAGAAAAUCUGUUGGCAUGGAAGUGAUCCAUUUUCUGGGCUUAUCACCCUUGUAGUCAGCUGGGAGGGGGGAGGCGAAAUGCUGGAUUGGACCAGUGACCCCGGGCUGGAAGGGACCAAGGGACAAUGUCCCUCAAACACACGCACACACCCUCAGAGCAAAACCAACUAGGAAGUGGCACCAGGUUUCUGAGAGUCUUGCCCAGCUGCUAUCAGCAUGCGCUCAAGGAUGGAGAGUCUCCCAAAAAAAAAAAAAAACCUCUUUGUGUUCCCGUUCAAUACCUCACUGCUCACAUUGUGGAAAAAACCCAGUUCCUACAUCUACUUAAAGUUUCCCAUGGUGCACCUUCUGUUUUUAAUUUGUACGCUGCUUUAUAUACUCAGCUUUACAUGUACAUUGAAGUCACUCCCAUACAAAUCCUCACCUAUUCUAUUGAAUGAGGUGGGGUGACAGUGGCACCAUUUCCUGUAGUGCAGCAGCUUUGAAGGGCCACAAAAAAAUGACCCUGCCCUCAGCUAAAACAUAUACAAGAACUGGCUACGAUCAGUUAUCUGUGUAUCAAUAAGCUGAACAGGAAAUACACAUCCAUGACAUUGUUUAAAUUAUCAGAUUACUUACCACCUCUUCCCAAACUUACUUCAUAUCUGACUAGCACAUACAAAUGAUUUAGAGAGAAGCUUCUUAUAAAAAUCUAAGUGACAAACCAGACUUUUUCUGGGCAUACACUACACCAGUUGAUGAAAAGUUAUUUAUUUCUGGUAGAGAGAAAUAUAUUCUUGACUAUCAGUAACUCUUCCUAGUAAGUGUCUUCAGUUGAGAUCCUAGUCUCACAAGAAACAGUUGGAGCUAGGAUCUGAUGCCCUAUGCAAGACUGAAAUCAGGUAUAAAAGCUGAUCACACUGAAAGAGGAGGAAAGCAUGUACCACAGCAGGUGAAGUGACAGCAGUGACAUUGAUGAAACAGGUAAGGAUCAAAUUCAUUUAUUCACUCAACAUACCUACCAUGCACUGACAUGUCAACAGACCACACUGUAAAGCUGAAGAGGGUUUCAUCCCUUAUUUUCUACCCAGCACUACUUCCUGAUUCUCUAACCACAGAACCUCUUAUUUCCUGAAGAAACUGUGUAUCAGAUCAUGUGUAACCUCCACUGGUUUUAAAUGAUUAGUCAUGUCCUAAAUUACUGAUUAAACGGUAAAAUGUACUUGUGUUAGACAAUGGUAACAGACAAGCCAACACUGAACUUCCUUCAUCCUGGCAUCUGGAUUUUGGAGUUAUUCACACUGUACUGUUAAUUAGAAGUAUCAGGGAGAACCUGGAUGUAAGAAAGUAAGCAUCCAUGUACACAUUGUGUAGAUUCCCAAGGUCAUCGGCUAAACUCAUAAUAAAGGGGGUUGUGGCAUACAAACAACAGGUCAAGUACAGCUGCUGUCACGUUUUCUGAGCUUAACUGGAACACAAUCUUACCAGCUUCCCAAGAAGAGUCCAUUUCAAACAUGAAUAAAUGGAGAUGUGAGACAUUGCUACCUACUCCUCUGGAGGUGAACCUUCUACACAGCCAGAAAUGCAGAUUUUAAUGCAAAACAAACUGCAGAUCUUGACACAAGUCUGAACUGCAACAAUCUUUCUGGAUUUCAGGCUAAAACCUACCUAGCUAAUCAGAAAAAUACUUCUGCGCUGAGUUAUAAAAGAGGACAAGAACACUUGAUCCACAGGUGGUUUGGUGCUUUAUUUUAUUAGGUGUUUUCAUUCUCUCUGUUCCCCUCCUUUUGUAGCUCUCCAUUUAGGAAGCUUCUUGUGAAAAACAGCCAUAAGUAAAAUCUGCCUCGAUUUCACUUGGACAAAUAAGACAGACUUAUGUAAAGCAUGUGAACCAAGCAGAAUGAUUUGCUGAAGCUACCAGUAGAAAGAAGAGAACCAGUGGCUGCUAAGUAAUCUAGUUUCUGCUCUGACAAGAAGAAAUAUCUUUAUUUCAAACUACAAGUUGGGAAUAACUACGUCAGAAAAGGUGGGUGUAUACACUAGAAAAAUGCCCUGUGCUUUGAGUUCUGGUAACAUCAAAGCAGUACAAACUGUCUUUGUACUAAAUCAAAUAACAAAUCAGUUCCCAUGGAGCUAAAAGUUCCCACAAAGCAGCCUUUAGGAUCUCUUCUGUGUUUUACCUGAACUGAAGGCUGCAGGGUGGGGAGGAGCCCUGGUUCUGUGUGGCCCCAUCCAUUGCCUUGCUGUAUGCUGCAGGCAAUUCCAGCUGUCCAGGACACUGCUCCAGCACAUCCAUCUGCCCUGCAGAAGCCCAUGACGCACAGCCCACCUGCACCUGAGUGUCCAAGCAGCCUCCUGAAAACAUCAGAAAGCCAAGUCCCCCGCCAUCCCUCAGGACAACUGAGAACUGAGGCCUCUACAAGUAACAGACAUUCCAAGAGAAACUAAUCUCAGCUUCAGACUGAAAAUGCUACAUUUCUUGGGAUGCCAGAAUGACAGUAACUAGCUUUUCUUAAUAAAAAGGCCUUUCAUUUUUUGGAAUACAGGUCAAAAUUUCAGCUGUGCUCCUCCAGAUUACUGUAGUGCACGCAUAUCUGCACAACAGCAGAAUUAUAUCAAUCUUGCCACUGAUUUUUAAAUACCAGUCUUUUGAAGAAAUAUUGUACCACUUGCUCCACAGACUGCUUAAGAACUUUGUCAGCAUCUCUAAGGUGGUACUACUUCCAGCAAGUGCUAAUUUCUUAUUUUACUAUUAUUACUUCAACUGUUUUCAAUUAUCAUGUCAAGUUUCGCUGUGUAUCUUAUAAUGUGGUUAUGGCACUGCAUUACCUGUUUGAACAAUGAGUAUGGUAGCACAGUGAUUUCUAAAGCUUUAAGAAUGGAGCUGUUCACACUUCAUUCAUCUGCUACUGAACCUGCUGCUACUCAAGUCUUCUACCCAAGUUAGCAGGACUUGACACUGCUACCAACAAGCAGCAGUACCACAUUGGUACAAUCAUAAGGUCUAUGGUAUCCUGUACCAGCCCACCAGUAGAAAGUCCCUGUCCCCAGAGCUCCCAGCCUAAGCAAAGCUGGAGGAUCAGGUGUUUGGGUAAGUAGUGGAUUAAAGAAUAAGAGCUCUGGCAUCGCAUAGAAAUUCACUGAAAUAAAAUGAAGUGUGUUCAGAUGAUUUUAACUCACUGAAAGUACAGAAGCCAGAAUGCAGCCCUGCAUUUUUCUGCUGAGUGCUACACAGAUGAGGGUGGGUAUGGGAGGACAGCCUACUGCAUGCUCAAGAACACCAGCAACCUGGAUUUCAUCUGCCUUUAUAUUCAGAGCCGCACAGCUUCAGGCUCAUGAGAGGCCAAAGGCACUUGCUCCUGCCCAGCCCCGCAGCAAUCACAGUCUUGCCCUGCCUUGGGAUUAACACCUCACACCACACUUCAUUUCUCACCAUGUCACCCAAAUGUUUCCUUAACAACAAGCUCCAUUACUAAAUUCCCACGGCUUUGGCAGAGCUGGUGGUUUUAGCAAAAAUACAGGCUGCUUUGUUCUUUCUGCAUAACACUCUUGUAAUUUCCCCCCCGCGACUACGCCACUCUUCUCUGCAUGCAGUGAGCUUUUCUUUUGCACAACUUUGCUACCAAAGCAGCUCCCUGAUUUACAGCCUGUGCAAAUGAAACACCCAUGAUACUUAACCCAGACUUGUGUACCUUUGCGUGUGACUGUUUACAUAGACAUUUGUGACAUAGGAAAUAAACAAGCUAUCAACUUC